GAAUUUGGAAUGCAGCUGACAAGACACAAAAGAUCUUAUGAUGCCUAAAAGGAAAAAAAGAGAAUUUGAAAAGUAUUAGACUGAGAAAUCAUUUAUUUUUUCAGAUUCAAUGGCAGACACAAAAGGUUGUUCCAUUUCUUGACCUACAUAUAUCUGGGAUCAUGGAUUUGCUCAAAUUUACCUUGCAAACUUUAUUCAAAAAAUAAUAUUUGCCUCCUAAGCUUUGAUUGUACUCACUGGUUGCAAUAAUGGCCAGCAAAAGGAAAUCCACAACACCUUGCAUGAUACCAGCAAAAAUGUUGGCACCACAGAAAUCCACUUCUGUUGGAGUAAAUCAUGAAGGAACUCAUCAAACAUUGGUUCCUAGUACUCUGCCUAAUUGUGAUACCACUGUUGAUAAUCACGGGAGUGGGACCUUGUCCAAUGGACACAAUGGAAUUAUAGACAGCACUUCUUAUAGAUGUAUAGGUUGCAAUUUCACUACUCAAGAAACUAAUCAGUUCCUUAGUCACCUUGAUUCUGAGCACAUAGACUUUAGUAAAGACCCUUCCUUUUUGUGUGUGAAAUGUAAUGUCUUGGUAAAGAGCCAUGGUGAUCUUUCUCAUCACAAUGCAGAGCACCAUGUUGGAGAAACGAACUUAAUCUGCAAUGUGGUGAAACAAGCUAACCGCGUGAUUGUGGAACAGACUACUGGAAAUGGUAGUCAGGACCACUUGGGGGAUAUUCCUGAGGAGAGUCAGGAGAGUCAAGCUGAAAUUAUUAUUACCAAAACUCCCAUUAUGAAGAUAAUGAAAACAAAACCAGAAGUUAAAAAAAUCCAUACAAUCAAAGAAAAUAUGUCUAGUAAGUCAGUCAAGGAUGUAGAGACAAAAGGUGAACUGUCAUUUACCAAUGGAGCUCUGCUGGUUAGCCAGUCCGGCAAAUCAACCACCAUUGUCAAUGGGUCAGUAGUUGGAAAUGUACCUAUUUUGCAAGCAGGCAUAACACAACUUGUGCAACUGCAACAGCAAGCACAAGUUCACCAGCACCUACCAACAUCAAAAUCCCUCCCUAAGGUAAUGAUUCCCUUGAGUAGUAUUCCAACAUACAAUGCAGCAAUGGAUUCUAACAGUUUUCUUAAGAACUCUUUUCAUAAGUUUCCCUACCCUACCAAAGCUGAACUUUGCUACUUGACUGUGGUGACCAAGUAUCCAGAAGAGCAGCUGAAAAUCUGGUUUACAGCCCAGAGGUUGAAACAGGGUAUUAGCUGGUCACCUGAGGAGAUAGAAGAUGCACGGAAAAAAAUGUUUAACACUGUGAUUCAGUCUGUUCCCCAAUCCACUAUUACAGUGUUGAAUACACCUUUAGUUGCAAGCCCUAAUAGUGUUCAGCAUCUGAUUCAGGCCAGUUUGCCUGGUCAUUCAGUUGGAAAGCCUGAAGGAGCAAGUGGCAUGCUGGUAACCCAACCAAUAACAACAAAUGGACUUCAGGGAGCAACUUCAUCUCAUGCAAUAGGUUUAACCUCCAUUCCAAAGACCCAGGUAGCUAAACCUCCAACCACUGUGUCAGUUUCCAGUAUUGCAUCAACUGUGAAUGUAGUUAGUGCUGCUCAGUCACAACUUUCUGCUUGCCCAAACAUCUCUACACAAGCGUUCUUGGAUCCUAACUUAUUAAAAAAUAAGAAGUCUUACCAACAGUUGUCUGCACUGAAAGAUAGUUUUUGUAGGAAUCAGUUCCCUGCCCAAACUGAAGUUGAGCGUCUGACAAAUAUCACAGGACUUAGUACCAGGGAAGUUCGGAAGUGGUUUAGUGAUAGGAGGUAUCACUGGAAAAAUAUUAGAGGCAACAAAUCUGUGCUUGGUGGGGAUAGCACAAUAAUAAUAGACUCUGUACCCGAAAUCACUUUUACCACUUCACCCAAAACAACCACAGAGUUAACUUCCACAUCAGCAACACCUGUUCACACACCAGCACGUCGGCAAUCCUGGCAUCAGACCCCUGAUUUCUCCAUUGCAAAAUAUAAGGAGAGGGCCCCAGAACAACUCAGAGCUUUGGAAAGCAGCUUUGCACAAAACCCCUUCCCUUCAGAGGAGGAAGUAGACCGCCUGAGAAGCGAAACUAAAAUGACAAGGAGAGAGAUUGACAGCUGGUUCUCGGAGCAAAGGAAAAAAAAAGCGGAGAAAGAAAAAAAACAGCCAGCAGAUGAAGAUGCUGAGGAUGAGUCUGUAGAAGAGGAGGAGGAUUUGGAUGACUUCAGAGUGUCAAGUGAAAACGGUUCCUUGGAUGAAGCUGGAAGUUCUCAACUUCCAGGUGAACGUAAAGUGACCCCAAUAAAAAUCAACCUUAGAAACUUUAAGGUGACAGAAUCAGAGGGGAAAAGUGAGUUGGCCGCGUCGAGUGCCCAAGCAACAACAGAGAGUUUUCCUAGCAGGGCACAAAAACCUAGGCUCUGCUUUAAAAAGACUGCUCAGCAGAGGCAUUUGCUUAAACUGCUGUUUGUAAAGACACAGCGUCCUACUAAUGAACAGUAUGACCAAAUAUGUUGUCAGACUGGACUUCCCAGAGUUGAAGUAAUUCGCUGGUUUGGAGAUAGCCGCUAUGGAUUUAAAAAUGGAAAUCUGAGGUGGUAUGAAAACUACAAAAAAGGCAUUUUCCCCAAAGAGCUACUGAUUUCCUGUGAGAUCAGCCAGGAGGUGCUCCAAGACUAUUUUCAAAAGAACAAGGUUCUGUUUGAAGAUGAUCUCCAAGAUCUCUGUGAAAGAACUCAGAUGACCACUUCGCAGGUUAAAUUGUGGUUUGCUGAGAGGCUAGGGGAAGAAAGCAAAGCAAUAUCUGAUGCAAGUAGCGAUAGUCAGUCCCCAAGUGUUGGUGAUCCAGCCAAUACUCAGAAAGGAACUUUUGAUACUUUUUCUGAAGUUUCUGAGAACAGUGAAUCUUGGGAACCUGGAGGUCAAGAUGGAAGCUCAGAAUUUGGAGAUACAGAUAGUCAUCUGCCUGCAGUGCAUUCUGAAAUGGAUUGAACCACCACUGCCUUCGUUCGAACAGACGGCCAACUUUGUAAGAACCUAGCAGCUGUGGGUCAUUCUGAAUCUUUGUUGAAGAUUGUAAUGCCAAAAUCUUCUUUUCAUGAAGCACAAUUUGAAUUUGGAGGUCGCAGGGAAGACGUCAAUAAAGAAAACUGUAAGGUUCGGGUUGGGACAAAUCUAGUAUUCUGUUUUAUGAUUUAGAAGAGUGUUGGCCAGAUAUUCUCCUUCAGGCUCCAAUUAAUGGACACUGUCUUUCGAACUUCAUAUUCAUAUGGAACCAGCUUGUUAAUGCCAGCAACCAGCCUCUCUCUGCAUUGGAUCAUGCAUCUGAAACAUUGUGUUAAAACAUUCUCUCCCCCCCACCCUUAGAAAUGAGCUAUCAUUUGUACAACAUAUUCUAAAUACUUUCAGUGUUUGUUCUCUGAAUGCUCCAUCUUUGCAUUUACUGUAUUCUCUUUAUAUUUUAAUCUCUAGAUUUUGCCGAUUAUGAAAGUACAGUAGAAACCUUGCUCUAACAGGCCUUUUGAGCAAAAACAGUGGCUGUUGAUACCUAAAUUGAUUUCAUUUAUGGUGGCCAUUGGUACCUAAUUUAUCAUUUAGGUAAUCUACAAUAUUAGAAAUGAUGUGAAUGCAAUCACUUGCAGCAAAAUUGCCAUUCUCAAGGAUUGAAACCACUUUCCAUUGUAUCUAAAACUUAUCAAACUGAGAGCCAUUGAACUGAGGAUUUGCUGUACAGGUUGCAGUCUAUGCUCACUUCCCCAAGAGUAAACACCCCCCCCCUACAAAAAGAAUCAAUGCAGCUUCCUUACGUACAAUGGGGUUAUAUAUGUCACUAGAUAAUAUGUGACUUGUGUCAUCCUUUGAGAGAAAGGUAGUACAAACUUGUAUGGCUAGAAUAAGUAUUAAAUUUUAGCUUGAUUGUAUAUUUUUUAUCCCGAUAUGGGAUGGCUACAUGGUCAUUUAAGAAGAAAAUAUAAAAAUAAUUGUAAUUACAAAUGAACUUAUUUGAAUAUUUACUUACCUAAACAGAUAGACUUAAUGACCACAGGAAGGCAAAAAACAGGAAUAACUUUUGACUUCCUGCCAUCUUCCCCAUUGACUUUGCUCAUAGAAAGCUGGCAGAAAGACAGAAAUCAUGAUCAUGUGACUGCGGGUAAUUCAGCAAUAAAAUGGUUUGAAAUCAUGGAAAUUUCAAUUCCACUGGAGUAAUGGGCUCUGGAUUAUUUUACACUUCUUUAAGUUAAUAGAUUUAGGUACCCUGAUUUAAAAACUUGUAUAAUGCAUCAUUUGGGCUAACAAAUAAACACAGUGAAAGUUUUAGUAGUAUAUAAGUAGGGAAGGAUCUGGUGAAUAAUAUUUCUAGUUCCGUGCAUAAAAUUACAAAAUGAAAUUGGAUAACUAUAACAAUCUUCACCAAAUAUCACGUGCAUAGAAGCAAAUGAAUGUUUCUUUUAAUGCAUUUCAGAAACUAAAAGGGUUAAAAUUUAGGUUGUUUGUGUGUAAAAGAGAGAAAAUAACAAAUAAAAAAAAUACCCUUGUG